AUGCUAUACCUAGAGAAGUUAAAGAAAAUGGUUGGGGAAGAAAGGACAAAUUUCAUAAUUCAAAACAGUUUGAUCAUGGUUAUAUGCGGCAGUAAUGAUAUAACCAACACCUACUUUGGUCUUCCUUCUGUUCAACAUAAAUGUGACGUCUCUUCCUUUACCACUCUUAUGGCCGACAACGCUCGAUCUUUUGCUCUAAAAUUACAUGAAUAUGGAGCGAGAAGAAUACAAGUAUUUGGUGUACCACCACUAGGAUGUGUCCCAUCACAGAGAAAUUUAGCAGGGGGACCAACGAGAGAUUGUGUUGUUAGGUUCAAUGAUGCAACAAAGCUCUACAAUGCUAAGUUCGCUGCAAAUUUGGAUUCUUUGUCAAAAACUUUAGGGGAGAAAACAAUAAUCUACGUUGAUAUAUAUGGUUCUCUUCUUGAUAUCAUACUAGACCCUCAACAAUAUGGAUUUAAGGUGGUCGAUAGAGGAUGUUGUGGAACUGGGCACAUUGAAGUUGCUGUUUUAUGCAACUUUGCAGCUGACGUAUGUCCAAAUAGAGAUGAAUAUGUGUUUUGGGAUAGUUUUCAUCCGACUGAGAAGACUUACAGAAUUAUGGCAACAAAAUAUGUUGAGAGAUGUAUAUGAUCUCGA